AUGUCCCCCUCCGCCGACCUCCCCGAGACGCGCGAGACGCUCGAGGCCAUCGCCGCCGCCGACCAGUCCCAGACCAUCGCCGAGCUGCGCAAGACGCUCACCUCCGAGACGACCCCCCUUCCCAUCCGCUUCCGCGCCCUCUUCUCCCUCAAGCACGUCGCCUGCAACAGCAAGGGCGCCGACAGCGAGGCCGCCAUCGAGGCCAUCGCCGCCGGCUUCGCCUCCCCCUCGGCCCUGCUUAAGCACGAGCUCGCCUACUGCCUCGGCCAGACGGCCAACCUCGUCGCCGUUCCCUACCUGCGCAAUGUCCUCACUGAUCUCCAGGAGGACCCCAUGUGCCGCCACGAGGCCGCCGAGGCCCUGGGUGCACUGGGCGACGCCGGCCAGUUGGACAUCCUGAGAGAGUACAGGGACCGCGAGGGCGAGGAUAUUUGCAUCGUUGAGACGUGCGAGAUUGCCAUCGACCGUCUCGAGUGGGAGAACUCGGAGCAGAGAAAGCUCGAGAAGUUGCGCAAGAGCGACUUCACGUCCGUAGACCCCGCACCUCCCAUGGAAGAGUCGCAGCGUACCGUACCAGAGCUCGAAAAGUCCCUCAUGGACUCGAAGCUGCCCCUUUUCGUGCGCUACCGCGCCAUGUUCGCUCUGCGCGACCUCGCGUCGCCGCCCGACCUGCCGACCGCCGUCCCCGCGGUGCUGGCCCUAGCCAAAGGCCUCGCCGACUCCUCCGCCCUCUUCCGCCACGAGAUCGCCUUCGUCUUUGGCCAACUGUCGCACCCGGCCUCUAUUCCCGCGCUGACUGAAGCGCUCAGCAACACUGAGGAGGCGAGUAUGGUGCGGCAUGAGGCCGCUGAGGCGCUGGGCAGCCUGGGGGACGAGGAGGGCGUCGAGGCGACGCUCCUCAAGUUCCUGCACGACAAGGAGAAGGUUGUGCGCGAGAGCGUCAUCGUGGCGCUGGACAUGGCCGAGUUCGAGUCAAGCGGCCAGACGGAGUAUGCGUUGAUUCCUGAGGCGGCCAAGGCGGCUGCUUGA